CCCAAUCGCCACCACGAGAGGAGAGAAUGACGGAAUCAUAUACACCGCAGGGGACUACACUCUUUAGUCCUUACAAGAUGGGAAGAUUCAAUCUUUCUCACAGGAUAGUGCUUGCACCGAUGACGCGAUGCAGGGCUUUGAAUGGGAUACCACAGGCCGCCAAUGUUGAAUAUUACAAGCAGAGAGCCACUCCUGGAGGAUUCCUCAUCACCGAGGGCACCGCCAUCUCCCCUACCGCAGCCGGGUUCCCGCAUGUUCCAGGGAUCUACACAGAUGAGCAAAUCGAAGCCUGGAAGAAGGUGGUGGAUGCCGUUCACGCCGAAGGCUGCCUCAUAUUCUGUCAACUCUGGCAUGUCGGCCGAGCAUCCCAUCAAGUGUAUCAACCAGGGGGGACCGCUUCUCCAAUAUCAUCGACAGGCAAACCCAUCUCAGACAGGUGGAGGAUUCUAUUACCUGAUGGAAGCCAUGGAAAGUACCCAACCCCACGUCCCUUGGCCACCACCGAAAUCCCAGAGAUAGUGGCAGAUUAUCGCCAGUCCGCCAUUAACGCCAUCCGAGCUGGGUUUGAUGGAGUUGAGAUCCACGGCGCCCAUGGCUACCUCAUCGACCAAUUCCUCAAGAACGGUAUCAACGAUCGCACCGAUCACUACGGUGGGUCGACCGCCAACCGCUGCAAUUUCUUAAUGCAGGUGGUCCGAGCCAUUGUGUCAGCCGUUGGAGCAGACCGGGUUGGAGUUCGAGUAUCUCCGGCGAUCGACCACAUGGAUGCCAUGGAUUCUGAUCCCCUGAGCUUAGGACUAGCUGUGAUCGAGAGGCUUAAUCGACUACAGCGAGAGAUGGGCAAAAAGCUUGCUUACCUGCACAUCACCCAACCACGAUAUACGGCUUACGGGCAGACAGAAGCAGGGCGACAUGGGAGCCAAGAAGAGGAAGCGAUCAUGAUGAGGACUUGGAGGAAAGCCUACGAUGGCACCCUCAUGUGUAGUGGUGGAUACACAAAGGAGCUUGGGAUGGAAGCAGUGGUUCAAGGGGAUGCCGAUCUGGUCUCCUAUGGUCGAUUCUUCAUUUCUAACCCGGAUCUUGUGAACCGGUUCCGGUUCAAUGCACCUUUGACUAGGUACAUUAGGGCUACCUUUUAUACACAGGAUCCUGUGGUUGGCUACACUGACUACCCUUUCCUCAACCAACAAUCAUCACCCUUGUCACGCUCACGCCUAUAAUUUUUAUAAGGGAAAG